AUGCCACUUUCCCCUGCUUAUUUGUCUGUGGACGAAUUGACUUUCACCCAGAAACACCUCAUGUGUAUUUUGGGUCUUCUUUUACCGCCCGUGCCCUUUUUCCUCAUGACUGGGCCAAAGUUCACCCUUAGAACCAAGGAGUUCUGGAUCUCCGUGUUGUUGACGAUUUUCCUCUACUUUGGUGCCAUUAUCUAUGCCGUUUGGUUUAUCUACAUUGGCUUUGACGAAGGCAGAAAGACUGACUACCAGAGAUUGGAUAACGACCUUGAACGUGGAGAGUCUGCUCGUGCGGGUGAAACACACUCCGCCACAGCCGCUACUGCCGCCGGAGCGGAGCCAGAGCAGGGCCGUGAGUCUUACGAGGCUCACUCUGAUGCUCCUCUUCCAUCCUACGAGGAGAGUGAAGGUGCAAAUUUGCCUUCUGAUGGCAAAGACUCCAAGCAUUUGGGAGACCACAAGAUCCAGCACUAA